GAAAUGGAAAAGGGCAAGUCGACCUUGGGCGCAGCAGAGGGCUCGGUGAACGAUGACAUCAUGCCGCGGACAGGCUACACCACUCUAGCAGUGAUCAUUGGCAUCUUCUCCAUAGCUGGAGUCAUCCUGAAUGUGACAGUGAUAGUGGUGACCUUUCGACACAGGCAGCUGCGUCAGCCUCUGAAUUAUGCCCUCGUUAACCUGGCUGUUGCCGAUUUGGGCUGCGCAGCAUUUGGAGGGCUACCAACCACUGUCACAAAUGCAAUGGGUUACUUCAGUUUGGGGAGAGUUGGUUGUGUUCUGGAGGGUUUCGCUGUGGCUUUCUUUGGAAUUGCGGGGUUGUGCUCGGUAGCAGUCAUCGCGGUCGACCGUUACAUUGUGGUGUGCAGGCCAAUGGGCACGGUCAUGUUCCAGACGAGACAUGCGGUGCUGGGCGUGGUCCUCUCAUGGGUGUGGUCAUUUGUGUGGAACACGCCCCCACUGUUUGGGUGGGGCAGCUUUGAGUUGGAGGGAGUGAGGACAUCCUGCGCUCCUGACUGGUACAGCAGAGAUGCUGGAAACGUCUCAUACAUCGUCUGCUACUUUCUCCUCUGCUUCGCUUUGCCUUUCUCAGUCAUCGUGGUCUCCUACACACGUCUCCUGCUGACCUUACGCCAGGUGGUCAAACUCCAGAUGUCUGAGAGUUGGAGUACAGCCAAGGCAGAGACGCAGGUGGCCCGGAUGGUGGUCGUCAUGGUGAUGGCCUUCCUGCUCACCUGGUUGCCUUAUGCGGCGUUUGCCCUAUCUGUGAUUCUGGACCCACAUCUUCACAUUGACCCUCUGAUCGCAACCGUGCCCAUGUAUCUGGCAAAGAGCAGCACAGUCUUCAACCCCAUCAUCUAUAUAUUUAUGAACAGACAGUUCAGAGACUGUGCUGUGCCCAUCCUGCUGUGUGGGAGAAAUCCAUGGGCGUCUGAGUCAGAAGAAUCAGAGGACGAGACCAUAGUCUCUUCAGUUGGCAAGACUAAUAAGAUAUUUCCAUCAUGA